AUGAUCCAACGUGGCUUCAAAAAUACAAAAAAGGAAGAUCAGUUCGCUAUAUGCCAAUUACUAUCAAAAAUUGAAUGUAUUCCGACUCAAUUUGGCGUGAAAAAACCUUCUAAAACAUAUUUUCCAGAUGUAACAUUAUUUUCAGAUUUGCCCAACAUUAGCAUAAAAGGAGACGAAAAAUUUUUCACGGAGUUAGGAAUAAAUAAGUAUGUUGAAUUGGAAGUUGUUUUCACUCGAUUAGUAAAUAGUGAAAAUUUGAAUCACUUGAAGCUUUUGAAAUAUUUUGCCAAAUUUGCUAAAGAACUUAAAAAUACUGAUAUUGAAAAAUUAAAAAGGACCAAAAUUUGGAUAAAGGAGUCUACUGAUAGUAAUAAAUCUGUGGAUAAUGUUAAUGUUCAGAGAUAUUUGGCAAGAGAUUUGUAUGCCCCGUGCCAUCAUAAAAGAGAACUUGAGUUGCCAAUAAUAAAUUGGAAAGGGCAUUGGAACAAAUCUUCAAAUGAAGCUAAAUUUAUCAUUGAACUUGGGUUGCAAGAAUAUCCAUCUAUUCAAACUAUUCUUCAACUUGCAGAACAAUCUCAACCCCUUGAACUUCGUGAGAAAGCACUUCAAAAUUUUAUCAAAAAUUUCAAGGAAAAAUAUUCCGAAAAAUAUAAUUCAAAUUUGAUUCAAAUAAAAUUUUUACCAUGUAUUAAUAAUAUUUAUGCGAAACCAUCAGAAUGUUAUUCAAAUCCUCGUUGUAUGAAGAUGGGAUUUAAUACUUUACGUCAAGAUUUAUGCUUUUUGGCUAAAGAAAUUGGUGUUGAAAGAUAUCCUAAUCACAAUUUGUUGCUGGACAAAUUUGUACAAAAUCUUCCAGGCACGAACAAUGCAAAAGAAAUUUUCGAAUUCAUGUACUUUGCAACACAUGAAAGUGAUUCAAAUUGGAAAGUACUUCAGAAUACCAAAUUCAUACCUAUCCAAGAGAAGUUUUUAAAAGAUUGUCGUGUAAAACAAGAGCCAUCUGCAUUAGAUUUAGCGGAAUACCUUAUUAAGUCGUCUAGGGAAUUCUGGUCAAAGCUUAGUAAUGAAGAUACAUAUAUAAAUAUCUUAGGAACUAUUGCAUACAACUAUGAAAUUUUAAAUACAAUAAAACCUGGAAUGCUUGAUACAAUGAAACGAUGUCCAAUCUUGUUAGGUGUAAAGAAAGAAGUAGAUAUUUCUGGAACUAUAACAGAUGUUUCUGAAUUAGCCUGCGCUGGAGAUAUUUUUAUAAAUGAUAAUGAUAAAUAUCGAAGUAUAUUUAAUCCAUUAAUUUGUCCAUUUACAGAUCGUAUAGAAAAAUUUAAUCAAAAAGGGCCUCGAGAAUUCCAUAAAAUAAACAAGAAAAUUUUGGAACGAGUACCUUGGUAUUAUUCUGGUAUUAAAGGUGGAGGUUUAAAGAAUGAUAUAUCAUGGAUAGAAAACUUACAAGUUAAGCAAACUGAUCAAAUUAAUUUGAAUUAUGCGCUUAUUCCUAAGCAUGAAGUAAAGACAAAUAAAAUUUCUGCUUGUGUCUCGGAGAGUGGAAAAAAAUUGAUUCUUUAUAUUACUAGUGAAAAUUACACGGAUAUUGCAAAUGCAUUAGUCCAACGUAUUCAUCGUUGUCCUAAAAGACAACAUUGCACAAAUUUAUACCUUUAUUUAACCUCUUCAAUAGAACAACUUCAGCAACUCGGCUAUCCUACUGAAAAUAUAAAUGUCAAUAUUAAAAAUGUAAAGAUUGAUAAAUUAGAUAAAUUGCCAAACCCACCAAAACCAAUAAAACAAUUGUCUUUUGCUGAAUUCGAGAAUAUGUUACUUGAGUCUUGCAAAUCAAACUAUAAUCGAUUUAUCCCAGCAAACAAUAAUCCUGUAGAAACUUUUGUUACUGAAGAAAAAUAUUAUGAAUCACCUUUAAAUUAUGUUACAACUGUGGAUUCGAUUGAACUUUACAUUAAAGAUACCUUAGAUCCGUCUAUUCUUUUAUUUCCUAAUGUUACUAUGGAAGGAAAUAUAAAAAAAUUCAUUAGUGUACUUGUUAAUUUACUGAAAUUUUUGAACUACCAAGAAGCAAAAUUAAUAUAUUUUAUGAUGAUGAUACAACUACGGCCGCUUUUAAUCGUAACAAAACUUUGUUUUUCAACUUAA